AUGUGCAAUGAACUGGGUCCUGUAACAGUUUUUGAUGAUGAUAUGGAUGAAAUCACUUAUGAAGGAGAAUUCAGUGUGAAGAAGAUCUAUGAGAAGCAGAUGGUAGAUGCAGAAAUACUUCGUUUUCAAAAAUUCUUAUGGAAAAAACAGGUUCCUACUAAGGUCAGUUUUCUUUUAUGGGCUUAUAUGCAUAAUUUUAUUCCAACUCUUUCUAUGCUUAGACAUAGAGGUGUUGAGAUUGCUUUAGAUAAAUGUCACUUUUGUCAGACUGAGGUGGAAGAUGCUGAUCACAUUUUUGUGAACUGUAAGUAUGCUUAUGAGAUAUGGAUGGAAUUCUUGGGAGCUUUUAAAAUGCAAUGGGUGAUGCCUGAUACAGUUCAGAGUCUAUUUGAGAUAUGGAGUCAAUGUAAGCUCAGAGGAAGGUGUAGGGAUAUCUGGGAAGUGAUUCAUUAUGUUAUCAUUUGGCACAUUUGGCAGCAAAGAAAUGAUAGAGCUUUUGGUGCUAGACACAAGACAGUGUCUGAGCUAGUAUUGUUUAUUAAGCAUGAGGUUGUUCUUUGGCUUCAUGAAAAGGAAACGUUUAGACAUAUCCUGUUACGUCUGUUUUGUUCCAUUGGGAAACGGUUCUACAUUCUUAAUAUAAGUGUUUGA